AGGAAUUUGUGUAUGAUCCAAUACUGAUAUACAAAGCAACUAUUGAAAAGGAUUAUGGGAAUGGAGCGGAAAGAUUUCUAACUGAAGAUCCUACAAAACAAUUCCUUUCAGGAAAUUUUACUCAUGUGCCACUGAUGACUGGAAGCACUAAAGAUGAAUUUUCAUGGAAAGCUUUGCAGGUUCUUGCAAAUGGUUCUGCAGCUGAAGAAAUGACUGAGCACUAUGAAAAGAUUUUUCCCAUUUGUUUUCUGUAUGAGCAAAACACAGAACAUUCCCACACAAUCAGCAAGAAUUUGAGGAGUUUCUACCUUCACAAUCAGCCCAUAACAAAUAAUACAAGGAAUGAGCUUGGAAAACUGUAUGCUGAUUCAAUUACGAUAUUCCCAGUAUAUCGGCCGGCUCAAAUACUAUCCAAAAUAAACACAAUUCCAGUGUAUUACUACCAGUUCACUUAUCAGGGGAGAUACAGUUGGGUGGAUGCACCUGGAACUACUACACCUUAUGGUGUCGUGCAUCAUGAUGAUCUCAUUUACUUAUUCUACAUUUCAACGCUUUUCCCAUUCUUUAAUAAGGAUGACCCUGAAUACAUAACAGUGAAGAGAAUGACUAAAAUGUGGUCCAAUUUUGCUAAAUCAGGCAAUCCAACAUCAGAGAAGGAUGACACAGUAAAUGUGGAUUGGAAACCACUUACAGCAUCUCAGAAACAAUAUAUGGAAAUAGGCUCACAACUCACAAUGAAGAAGGGUUUAUACUACUAUGAUCGCAUGUCUGAAUGGAACAAACUUUUUCCACUGCCCUGUGUUAGUGCUCACAAAUGAUAUCCUUGAUACUGUUUUUAAUUACAGGUGAUUAAAAAGUAUAUGACACACAGAAGCAUAUUUUACAAAUGCACCAAAAAUAUUUUACUUACUGCUGCCUGGCUGUUGCCAAUGUAUUUAAGUUAAAUGAAUAAAAAUCAGUUUAAACAG